GCCUGCAGCAAAUCACUCUCAGCAGAGACCAGAGAGGAGAUGUCGACAAUGCUGCUGCAAGGAGUCUGGGACUGGGUCCUGGGACAUGCCAACUGGCUCCACUCUCCAUUUUUUCCAGUGCUCUUCUCCCUGGGAACCUACCUGCUCUUCUGCGUGCCUUACGUGGCUCUGGAUCUUCUAUCUCCACACGUGGAGCUCAUCCGCCGCUACAAGAUCCAGCCGAAGCACCAUGUGUCCUGGGGGGUGAUGUGGACUUGUCUGGCCCACUCUCUGCACAACCACCUGGUGUUCCUCUUCCCUCUCACUGUCAUCCACUGGUAUUGGAGGCAGGUGAGCUUCCCCACUGAAGCUCCACAUGUGCUAAAGUUGGCACAGGACAUGGUCACCUGUUUGCUGAUGUUUGACUUCCAGUAUUUCGUGUGGCACAUGUUGCACCACAAGGUGCCCUGGCUGUACCGCACGUUCCACAAGGUGCACCACAAGUAUACGUCAACGUUUGCCCUGAGUACGGAGUACUCUGGAAUGUGGGAGACUCUCUCGCUGGGGUUCUUUGCUGCCAUCAACCCCCAGCUGCUGGGCUGCCAUCCGCUCACUGAGCUGAUGUUCUUCGUCCUCAACAUCUGGCUGUCUGUGGAGGACCACUGUGGAUACAACUUCCCUUGGGCCACUCACAACCUGGUGCCUUUUGGACUUUAUGGGGGAGCACCCCACCACGACCUCCAUCACCUCAAGUUCAAGUCCAACUAUGCCCCAUACUUCACACACUGGGACAAACUGUUUGGAACUCUACACGAGGAAUAAUAUGAAGAGACUGAUGCUGAAACCCAAAGUCCUAUGUGGACAUUUAUUUGCAAACCCAAAGUUCCUAAGUGGACAUUUAUUUACAAACCCAAAGUUCCUAUGUGGACAUUUAUUUGCAAACCCAAAGUUCCUAUGUGGAUAUUUGUUUGCAGACCCAAAGUUCCUAUGUGGACAUUUAUUUGCAAACGUGCUGGCACGCACUAUGAAUUCUGUGAAUUCUAACCAUUGUAAAUUAUAUUUAUGAAAAAAUAUUUAUUAUUUUAAUUAAGCACCUUUCAAUUAUGAAUAAAUAAAAUAUUUUUUGUAAACCUGAUACUGCUUAUUUAAUAUAACAUGUCACAUUGUCCUGAAACGUAUCCUAAACUGAUUCAAUGUGUUUGAGUAUAUUUGCUUAUUUUGCACUUGAAUAUUGAAGACAUACACAUAUGACUGUACAGUCCAUCUGUUGAAUGUAAUAAAAUAAUGUCUUUG